GGUUUGUGGAGGAAGUAUUGUCAAGGGAUGGUUAGAUGCCAAACACUAAUUCAGUGUUACUUUCUCUCCCUCCCUCCUCCUCUGACCAACAAAAAAACGCCCCUGUGAAGACCACAACAGCAGCAGCAGAGGAAGACAAAAAAUCAGGGGAUGUAGCUUCUGAAGAUAUUGAAUCAGAUGAAUAUUCUGAGGAAUCUAGCAUUGAAGGUUUUUAUGGAACUUCACCGCCUAGUACCCCACGACAGAUAAAACGCAUGUCAACUAAAUAUCACAGGAAUAAUGUUGGGAAAACAGACAGUCGCUCUGGUAAUAAAGUAACUCCAGAUAAUGUGGGAAUAAUACAAUAUGCAGCUGUCAUCACACUGGGUAGGCUCACAGAUGGACUUUAA